CCGGAGCCGUCGGAGCCGUCUAUUGAUGUCCAACUUCGUCUUGACUCCACAUCCCGCAGUUGUCAAGACAAACAGGACCAAAGCAUUAGCAGUCACCGUCAGUAUCUGCCUAGCUGUCUCAGCACUACGUCGUUGCUCCAGCAGUAACCCCCCACCCCGACAUGCCCGCUCCAGUCACGGAGUUUCACGCAGGCGAGCGUGCCAUGCACUCCCUCCUCCACGUUCCCCGCCAACGCAACCCCACCUCCUCCGGCCUGCCCCCACAGUACGCCGCCCGCGCAACCCACUUCCCACUCGUCGCUGUCGGCACCGUCGACGCAGCAGGUCGUCCAUGGACAACCCUCUGGGGCGGUGACCGCGGGUGCACACGACCCAUCGCUCGCGGCGUUUUGGCAUUUGUCAGCGCUGUCGAUGUGGACAAUGAUCCGGUGGUGGAGGCGCUGUGGGACGGUGCUGAGGUUGUGGAUGGGGAGAUCUUGAGGCCUGGGACGUCGGAUGCUGGGAGGCUCAUGUCGGCGCUUGCUAUCGAUCUGGAGACGAGGGAUCGUGUGAAAUUCGCCGGACGCAUGGUCGCUGGGACGGUGGACUCUCGCGGCACUUGCGGCGCUGGAUGGGACGUGCAGCUUGCUAUGCAAGUAAGUGAGAGCUUGGGGAACUGUCCAAAGUAUCUGAAUUGCAAGGACAUCGUUCCCGCAGGCGAGGUGAUGAAGCCAGUGCUCGUGUCGGCCGCCCUUCCGCUUCCCAAGGAAGCGAUCGGCCUGAUCGCAACAGCAGACAUGCUCUUCCUAUCGACCACAAGCGGCGAAGCCAUGGAUACGAACCAUCGCGGAGGCAACCCGGGAUUUGUAAGGGUUUUGCGCAACACUGCAGACGUCGUGCAAUUGGUCUACCCGGAAUUCUCGGGUAACAGACUCUACCAGAGCCUAGGAAAUCUCAAACUCAAUCCGAUGGUCGGCAUCGUAAUACCGGGCUUUGAAUCAGGAGACGUGCUGUAUCUCACGGGCGCCGCGUCCAUCCUCGUUGGCCACGAGGCGUCAUCUUUGAUGCCUAAAACGCAGCUUGCCGUUAAGAUCUCGGUGACCGCCGCAAAGUUUAUCAAAUCCGGUCUGCCGUUCCGAGGCACCUCUCUCGAACGCUCGCCUUACAACCCACCCAUCCGCCACCUCCUCGCCGAGCACGACGCUCAUAUUGCAAGCUCCGCCGCCGCAGAACGUGACACAGUUGCAACGCUCGUCCGCCGCGAAACCCUCACCCCUACCAUCAACCGCUUCACAUUCCACCUGUCCUCGCGCACCGCCGCCGUCGUGCCAACAUGGCAUGCAGGGCAGUACGCCACGCUUGAUUUCGACGAGCUGCUCAGUGCAGGGUACUCGCACAUGCGUGAUGAGGACCCGCAGAGCCUGAACGACGAUCACGUCCGGACGUUCACCGUGUCCAGCCCGCCGGCCUCGACCGAGAUGCAAAUCACCGUCCGGCUGCAUGGGCCGGUGACCCACUUCCUUUGGGCGCAGCAGCCCGACGGGACUGCCGACGCCGAUGCCCAACACGCACCGGUACGUGUCCCCGUUCUCGGCUUUGGCGGCGCCGAAUCAUAUCGCAUCCCGACAGACCCGUCCACUGCGUCCGCCCCCGUCUUCAUCGCGGCAGGCGUCGGCAUCACCCCGCUGCUCGCGCAAGCACCCGCCCUGUUAGCCGCCGGACGGCCCCUGCAGGUGCUGUGGACGCUCCGCGCCGAGGAUCUGGCCCUCGCCGUCGAUGCGUUUGCGGUUGAGCCGCGCCUUGCUGUCUGCACGACGCUGUUUGUGACGGGAGGCGCGGAUGGAGAGGACAUGGGUGCGCUAGCUGGCGGGGCAGCGGUUGUGCGGCCGCGGAGGCUUCAGGCGGAGGAUGUGCAUGCGUUGAAGGGCAAGGGGAGCAGGUUUUUUCUGUGCACGGGGCCCGCCCUGCUCGCCGCGCUUGUGGGCUGGCUGCAGGGUGAGCAUGUUGUGUGGGAGGAUUUUGGGUACUAAUAUGGCCUUUUCGCAUUCGGGAACCCCUCCUAUCCAUCGAGUGGCCCGAGAAAAUACGUACUGUACAUCACAACAUUUGUAUUCGCGCAUGGGUGAUUUGUAGAGGCAUGCUGGCUUGGGUAACAGGUCGGGCAUGGCUUCAAGAUUUUGGAUACAUGUAUAUAUUGCCGGAUUCAUGGCGGAUUCGUUUUGCCUCUCAUUAAUUCAGAAAGUCGUGUUUGUUAAACGGGACCCUAUUUAAGCUAUG